AUGUCGGAUGCUAGAGACAGUUUGCUUGACCUCGAGAAGCACCGUCUACGGCUUGAAGAUAAUGUCAACAAACUGCGGAAAGCUCUGCAGCACUGGCAAACUUGGGAUGCCGAAUAUGAGGCUCUCAAGGAGGAAGUUGAGGCCGUGACGGAAGCAGACCAAGCUGAAGAGCUGCGUCGGAUACAUGGCGAGUUUGAUGGCGAACUGCUGAAUGGGAAAGAAAUCGACGACAUCAUUGGCCAGCCAAAGCUUAAAACAAAAGAACAAAUCAUCAACGUCCUAGAGCGACGCAUCGAUUAUGUGUCUCAGAAUAUUUCGACGCUGCAGAAGCAACUCGAAACAGCCGAGAAUAAGUAUGCUGCUGCGACUGUCAUCAGCCAACCCGAUGCCACUGAUGAGGAUGGGCAACCUAUCCUGGAUAUUGUCGAAGAACUGGAUGACGAUGACAAUGUCGUCUCAUAUCGGCUGAAUAAGCCCGGCGAUUCUCUGGGAAAUGUUGAAGCGCUUCUUGAAAAAGCUGGGAUUACAGAUGAUACAGAAGCUACGCCUGAAAAGGAUGAUUUAAUCUCAAAUAAGACCGCGGAUAAGAGAAAAUCUCCCAAAGGUAAAGAACGGGAUCUUGAAUCCGUGGCUAAACCGCCUUCACCCAAGCUUGAGGUGAAGAAAACCGUCUCGUUCUCAGAAGAUACAAAGCCUGCUGAAGAGGCAGAGCCUGAGAUAUCAUGGAGAGCAAAGCGUGUCAAGGAGAUCAUGGGCGCCGCUAAAGAUCAAGAGGAUAUUAGCAUGCAGGCUGCUGUUAUACCCAAGGACGAGUCACCAGAAGACGCAGCUUUACGGCAGCAGAUGCUGAGGUAUGGCAUGAGCGAAGUUGGCGCUGUUGUUGCCGAACUUGAGCUCGAGGAAGGCGAUUCAGAGGAAGAGUCCGAGGACGACGAGGACUUUGACGAUGAAUUCGACGAUUACGACGAAGAGGACGAUGAAGAUCAAUAUGGACGCUAUAAGGGAAGUGUUGUCACAGACCAGUAUCGCCAGCGAAUGCUUCAACUAGAAAAGAAGCUUGGCAUCAAGUCGCAUUCCUCUAAAUCUCGACCCAAGGUCGACGAGGAAGACGCAAGCGAUGAUAAUAACGAUGAAGGCAUUGGACAUAUCGUUGUCAAUCGAGAAGCUGCAGCACCAUCGCCUUCACCACCUACAGCUUCAAAAGCUACCCCUCUCAAGUCGAAUCUUAAAGAGAGGCAAAAUGAUGAACCUGAAGCAAAGAAGGGCGUGCGUUUUGCGGCUAGCCUUGAUAUCGCUCCUGAGAACAAGCCUUCUGCUCCCGUCGUCAGCGAGACGAAGAAGAAGGAUAUCGUCGAGCCUCUAAGCGACCUCAUCGUAGAGCGGAGCAGCUCUUCAAACCCGACCAAAACUGAAGCCCAGCCAGCAAAGAAAGCUUCACGAUUCAAAAAGACCAGGGAUAAUACUGAUUCACCAAGUGUUAUUCCCAAGGGACCUUUAGACAUUAAGCCCAACUUUGUCGACGAGGAUCGACCGGCAGUGCCCACUGGUCCCGAAGGCGCAACAAUAGCCGAUAAACUGGUCGAACGAGAGUCGACGGCUGCUGCCAUUGCUCCUGACGAAGUCAACGAUAUGAUGAGCCACCAAGAGGUCGCUGAUGAGUAUCAGCGGAUGCGCAAAAAAUUCAUCCAGCGAGAAGGUGGGUUCCUUAAACCGGACGAGUCUCCUAUCAAACCAAUACGCGACGAGGAAGAUGAGGAACCCAUCAGCCGAUUCAAAGCUGCACGGCUCUCGCGCCAGUAG